UUCUCUAUCUCUGUCACCAAACUCUCCCCUCCCCUCCCUUGAGCUCACCGCCCACCUCUGGUUUCCGAUUUUAGGCCGGAACCGGAAGUUUGGUGGGCGGGGCCCGACGGAGGAAAACGCAGCGGAGCCGGAGCCGGGACUCGGCUGUGGCCGCAGCCCCUGUCCCCGCCACGGACCGCCGUGGCUCCAGGCUGAAGGUCGGUCCGGAGGCGGGUGGGCGCGGGUCUCCCCCGGACUGUCCGGGCGGCAACCUUCCCUGCCCCCCCGGGUUCCGCAAGGGAUCAUGUCUACAGCCUCCGCCGCUUCUUCGUCCUCCUCGUCUUCCGCCGGUGAGAUGAUCGAAGCCCCCUCCCAAGUCCUCAACUUUGAAGAGAUCGACUACAAGGAGAUCGAGGUGGAAGAGGUCGUUGGAAGAGGAGCUUUUGGAGUAGUAUGCAAAGCUAAGUGGAGAGCAAAAGAUGUUGCUAUUAAACAAAUAGAAAGUGAAUCUGAGAGGAAAGCUUUUAUUGUAGAGCUUCGACAGUUAUCCCGCGUGAACCAUCCUAACAUUGUAAAGCUAUAUGGAGCCUGCUUGAAUCCAGUGUGUCUUGUGAUGGAAUAUGCUGAAGGGGGCUCCUUGUAUAAUGUGCUGCAUGGUGCUGAACCAUUGCCAUAUUACACUGCUGCCCACGCAAUGAGUUGGUGUUUACAGUGUUCCCAAGGAGUGGCUUAUCUUCAUAGCAUGCAACCCAAAGCUCUAAUUCACAGGGACCUGAAACCACCAAACUUGCUGCUGGUUGCAGGGGGGACAGUUUUAAAAAUCUGUGAUUUUGGUACAGCCUGUGACAUUCAGACACACAUGACCAAUAAUAAGGGGAGUGCUGCUUGGAUGGCACCUGAAGUUUUUGAAGGUAGCAAUUACAGUGAAAAAUGUGAUGUUUUCAGUUGGGGUAUUAUCCUCUGGGAAGUGAUAACACGUCGGAAACCCUUUGAUGAAAUUGGUGGCCCAGCUUUCCGUAUCAUGUGGGCUGUUCAUAAUGGUACUCGACCACCGCUGAUCAAAAAUUUACCUAAGCCCAUUGAGAGCCUGAUGACUCGUUGUUGGUCUAAAGAUCCUUCUCAGCGCCCUUCAAUGGAGGAAAUUGUGAAAAUAAUGACUCACUUGAUGCGGUACUUUCCAGGAGCAGAUGAGCCAUUACAAUACCCAUGUCAGUAUUCAGAUGAAGGACAGAGCAACUCCGCCACCAGUACAGGCUCAUUCAUGGACAUCACUUCUACAAAUACCAGUAAUAAAAGCGACACUAAUAUGGAGCAAGUUCCUGCCACAAAUGAUACUAUUAAACGCUUAGAAUCAAAAUUGUUGAAAAACCAGGCAAAACAACAGAGCGAAUCUGGACGUUUGAGCUUGGGAGCUUCUCGUGGGAGCAGUGUGGAGAGCUUGCCCCCAACCUCUGAAGGCAAGAGGAUGAGUGCUGACAUGUCUGAAAUAGAAGCCAGAAUUGCUGCAACCACAGCCUUUUCCAAGCCUAAACGGGGCCACCGUAAAACUGCUUCAUUUGGCAACAUUCUGGAUGUCCCUGAGAUCGUCAUAUCAGGCAACGGGCAGCCAAGACGUAGAUCCAUCCAAGACUUGACUGUUACUGGAACAGAACCUGGUCAGGUGAGCAGUAGGUCAUCCAGUCCUAGCGUCAGAAUGAUCACUACCUCAGGACCAACCUCAGAAAAGCCAGCUCGCAGUCAUCCAUGGACCCCUGAUGAUUCCACAGAUACCAAUGGAUCAGAUAAUUCCAUCCCAAUGGCUUAUCUUACACUGGAUCACCAACUACAGCCUCUAGCACCAUGCCCAAACUCCAAAGAAUCUAUGGCAGUGUUUGAACAGCAUUGUAAAAUGGCACAAGAAUAUAUGAAAGUCCAAACAGAAAUUGCAUUGUUAUUACAGAGAAAGCAAGAACUAGUUGCAGAACUGGACCAGGAUGAAAAGGACCAGCAAAAUACAUCUCGUCUGGUACAGGAACAUAAAAAGCUUUUAGAUGAAAACAAAAGCCUAUCUACUUACUAUCAGCAGUGCAAAAAACAACUAGAGGUCAUCAGGAGUCAGCAGCAAAAACGACAAGGCACUUCAUGAUUCUCUGGGACCGUUAAAUUUUAAAAUAUGCAAAGAAAGACUUUUUUUUUAAAGGAAAGAAAAACUCUUAUAAUGACAAUUCAUGAGUGUUAGCUUUUUGGCGUGUUCUGAAUGCCAGCUGCCUAUAUUUGCUGCAUUUGUUUCAUCGUUUAUUUUCCUUUUCUCAUGGUGGACAUGCAAUUCAACUGUCUCCUUAUAUAACAUGGGGGCAUCUGUACUUGAAUAAGCAGCAGUUCUCAACUUCAAAACAGAUGCAGUAAACCGUGGCUGUAUAUGCAUGCUCGUUGUGUGAAGGCUAGCCUAACAAAAGGGGUAUCAAAAACUAGCUGCUAUGAGCAAUCAUCGUCUUUUUUUCGAGGUGGAACCUCAAGAAUGAUUUUGUUCUUGUAUCUCAUCUCAAAAAACCAGUAAUUUUUUUUUCCCAAAAGAUGGUAUAUACCAAGAUAAAGACAGGGUAUUAUAAAUCUAGAAUAAUUGGUGGUACAUUAUAGAAAUACAGAACCUUUAGGGAUAGUUGAGAGUGAGGGCUUUGAUGCCAGCAUCCUUGGAUCAGUACUGAACUUUAUCCAUGAAAUAUUUAAAGGUAAGUGGCGGCUGCUGUAUUUAAUAAAAGCAUAUUUCAUUAGACUAAACUUUGUCUAUGAUACAUUGAACAAAAUGGAACCCUUUUUUUUUUAAAGGUAUAAAGAUUUUUAAUUCUGUGAUUGCGUGUAUGUGUGCUGAAACUGUAAAGCUUUUAUGACUCUAAUAUUAAUAUCCCUCAAAUGAAAUUAAAAGGUAAAUGAACAUGAUCCAGCUUAAAUGAUCAUUCCUUCCUGCAAUGAUUAUUGGAUUGUUCUACUGUAUAUUUGAAAAACUGAAGAGAAAUCAUGGAAAUUGGAAAUAAUUGCUCCAGCCAAAAGGCUUGGGCCUAGAUUUCUUUUACAGUACCAAAUGAGCAAAAAACCUGGCAAAUCAGGACAAGUUAAUGAGGAAGUUAAAGGAGUAAAUCUAAAUUCAUCAAGUAUCCUAUUAUUGAUACUGGAAUGAUUGAUUUUCCUUGCAAGCCCACCCUAGGAUGCCUGCUGCCUUUCAACACUUUUAAAGGAAUUUCACUUAUAAAUAGAAAAUUUAUAUUGUUAACAGUAACUUUGCUACCAACUUUGAAAAUAAAAGUAAUAAUAAAACUUCAUUGAAAUAAUAAACUAUAUAAGCUCUAUUUUUUCAGUUGGUAUUAAAAUUAAUUACAUUUUGAUACCAGUACAAGGUGUCUUUUAAGUAGGGAUGUCAUCGACCUCAUUUUUAUAGCAUUAAUGUUUUAUGAAGAGAAAAUUUAAAAUGAAAGCAUAAUUGCUGUGAUUAUUAGAAUUAUAUCGUGAUUGUAUUGUAGUUUUGCUCUAUUUCAGAUAAGCAAGUUGAUGUAAGAAGUUAUCAAAACUAUUCUUAAAAAUACUAAAGCAGGUAACUUUUUCUUCCAUUAUUUUUUCUUCUUCCCACUGAGUUUUAUAAUGUAUUCCUUGUGUAUACAAGCAAUAAAGGUAAAGGACAGUUUGUACUAAACUGUGUCAUUUUUAGCUUUUUCAGAAUCUAUUAUUAAAAAGUUUCUGGUAAAUAAAUAUCAACCAUCACUUCAUUUAAAUAAAAGGAGGUUUUCAUUCCCAAAUAAUUUAAUUACCUAGCUGAAAGUGUUAUUAGGCUUAAUGUAUUAAUAGUAAAAUAAAAUUGGCACAGAAAAUAACUAAGGAAAAGCUUCACUCUUCCAUAGUAUUGCUGCUUGUCUGUACAUCUGUCACUCCACCAAAAGGGACCUAGUCAAUGUUUAGAGACUUUUCUAAUUAUCGCAGAGCAUGAGGUAGCCAAGCGUGGAUGCUAAGGCUGAACUUUUCCAUUAGGAUUUAUCAUUUUAGAUUUCAGAUUUUAUUUCUAGUCACGAAUGUGUUUUUGCUAUACACUACACACUUAAAGAGAAAGUUUAUUAUUGUUAUUACUACAUGCAAUCACUUCAUUAAAAUAUCCCAAAUAAGUAAAUGGAAGAAAAUAGUAGUUUUAAGUCAUGAUGCCAAAUGCAAAAAAGGCUGUUGAACACUUGCUCGCUUGUUUACAGUAUGUUCCUGGGGAUUUUCAGUACUGUAGCUGUCCUGUACGCUGAGUGCAAUUCAGCCUUACUUGGUUUUUAAGUACUUGCGUUGCCAAGCUCAUAUUUUUUAAGUCCUUAUUAUCCUUGAUGAUGGGAGAAAAGGAUAGCAGGGAUGAUUAAAAUCCACAGCCAGUUUCAUCAGUGUUCUCACCCAUCAACCCUUCAAACAGAGAUAUUAACAAGGAGCCAAAUUUGUUAUUAAUUCUGGUCUUACCAUUUAUUCUAACCCUCGUUUUUUGGGGUGGAAAUAGCAAACAGACAAGCAAGUAUCUAAGAGGCCCCAGUCUGAAAAAUUCACAAACAAUCCUUGAAUAAGCCCUAAUUACAUUUUAUUUUUACCUCCAGGGAAGGAAAACAAAGCUUUUAUCUAACUUACAGGGAAAUACUUACUCCUCAGCAGUAAAAAUAGGUUUUUGAGUCAAAUAAAAAUCAGUUAAGAAUAUUUACCUUAUAGCAACAUAGCAUAUUGAAGAGAUCUGUUUAAAAGCUGUUUACAAAUGUUUGACUAUUUUUGGUGAAGUAUUUUAGAGCAUCAAAUGUCUUUUUUUUUUUUCUGCAAGUUUCUUUUAUGUUCCUAGUUUCAGCUCCUGCCUGUAGCCAGAUCACAGGCCUUCCCUGUGAAACUUUUGUUUCUUUCUGUGUGUGUGGUUUUCAGUGGUCAGCUCCUUUCUUCAAAUGGUAGGAAGUUCUACUUCUGUCGUGCAGAACAUUUUAUGUAAAAUGAUGUGAUGCAGAAAUCCUUGUGCAUACUGUAUAAUUGAAGGAAGCUUUUUAGAUUUAUUUUUGUUUGUAAUAAAAUUCAGAUUGUUACUCUAAACUUGGUCAUAAAAAUGGUGAAUGAUUUAUAUCAGCAAAUGAGCUGUGAGGUGUUCUGCUCGAGCAGCAUGUUUACGUUAUACAAAAUCGAAUAAAAACUGAAAAGUCAGUAAUCCUAA